AUGGCGUUAACUGUAUGGGCCUGCGAGACUGGAAAGAAUCAGGCUCAAGAGAUUCGCACUACAAUUCAUGAUGUCCUUAACAGAACUAGAGAUGAGCAAAUCAAAGAAGAGCUGCAAUCAUUUUCUUUGCAAAUGUUACAUUGCAAAAAUACAUUUUCCGCCAAAGGUUUCAAUGUGGAUGCAACAUUUCUCGCUACAGUGACAAGUAUAGAUCGAAGAACACCAUGGUUACUUCAUGCCCAACAUAAGAUUUCUGAAGCAUUCCUUGCUACUCAUUGCAGUUUUCAAGUUAAACUUAUCAAUUCUGUUGUUAAAAUUCCGCAGAAGCAAGUCACCAGCAAUAUGCAAAAAACGAAACUCUUCUACGCUACGGACUUUCAAUCCUUGAUGUAUCCUUGCUUCACCUUCUGCCGCAUUCUUGGAAUAUUUCCAUACAAGAUCAAUGCUUCGAAUCUCGAAGCUUCAGAAUCAUGUUACACUCUAUCGACCAUUGUUAUUUUUGCUUUCUGCGUUUAUGGAAUAAUUAUUAUAUAUAAACUGGAUAUUUCUGGAACAAUCAUAAGCAGAAGCGUACCUAGUUCUCUUGAGCGCCACAGUUAUUAUGUGCUCGGUAGUUUCGCAGCGAUUGUCACGUAUAUCAUGAGACGUCCACGGUUGCUCUUGCUACAGACGAUAUUAGAGAUCUCUUCGGAAUUAUCCUCGGAAUUGUAUCAAAAGUUAUCCAGACUAAUUCAUGUUAAGGAUAUCAUCAGUUUCAUUCUUAUUGCCAUCUUAUCAAUAUUAUAUUGCAUUUACAUGCCUUUUAUCUUGCUAUCAAUAUUUACAAUAUACCUUACUAUGUUGUUGUUUCAAAUGGACAUGAUGUAUAUGAAUUGCGUUUGUGUAUUAAAGAUUUGUUUUAAUGAAAUUAACGAUAACUUGAUGAAGAUUCAGGAACUAAUAAUGAACGAUAAGCCACAUCUACUCAGACGGAUAUACCACGAGCAAGAAAAUUCAUUUCUGUUGAUGAAACUUAAAGCUCUGAAGAAACAACAUUUGAUGGUCAGCGACACAGUGCAGAUGCUUAACAUGAUUUUCAGUUUACAUAUCAUCGUUACUAUAGUCAUAUCUUUCAUUGAAAUCACUUUCCAUCUGUACUUUUAUAUAGUAGUAUCCAUGGCCAAAAAAGAAGAAAACUAUCGGUACUGGUUUCCCAUCUUGAAUGUGAUAUUUUAUAUUACAAAGACAGUAUUGAUAGUAUGGGCUUGCGAUAACGGUAAAGAUCAAGCUGCAAAGAUUGGCAUCACCGUUCACGAUCUACUUAACAGUACCAACGAUAAGCAGAUAAAAAAUGCGUUGGAACAAUUUUCUAUGCAAAUACUGCAGCGAAAAAAUGCAUUCUCUGCGAAAGGCCUUACUGUGGAUGCAACGCUUCUUACUGCGAUGAUGGGCAGUAUCACUACGUAUUUGUUAAUUUUAAUACAAUUCUUAAUCACAUCGCAUUCUUGUAAUGGAAAAUCAGCAUUACAGGAAUAA